UUGUACUUAGUGUGAUUUACUGCAAUAUACAUCUAAAGGAAAUUAAUUUAAUAAUUAUAAUGCAUCGAAUUAAACACCAUAAAAUAAAGCAAGAGAUGCCGGAAACAUCCUCAACUCGGACAAAAGACAACGAAGAACAUGACCUAGCAUAUUAUAUUCACGAUAGAGUCGAGUUGAUGCAUCAGGUAUUUUCUAUUAUAAAACCAAAGGAAUUAAAGGCAAUGGCACCUGAAUGUGUGCAAGACAUAUCAAUAGAUGAUUUACAGGAGUUGUGUACAGAGGAACUUUUAGGUAUUAGCUCAAAACGUCUGUGUGCCAUACUAGAUGGAGCAGAUCCACCUACUGAUACAGAGUCUUCAAGUUCAGAGCCAAUGGAGACCAUCUCUCUUGAUAGUAUAUCGUCUGAUGAAGAGAUACUGAGCCAGCCCUGUGCUAAAACUAAAAAGCAUAAACAUAGAAAGCACAAGUCGAAAGGCAAGCAUAAACGCAAGAACAGUGACAGCAGUAACAAGGACCAAGAAAUUGAAGAAAGAUCUAAAGCAUCAAGAGCGGGUCUAACUGUGUUGGAGCUUCUUGAAUUACAAGCCAGGGCUAGAGCUAUAAGAGCUCAACUACAACAAGACAAUACCAAUAAACAGGAGACUGUACCAACGAAACAUGAUUCAUCUGAUGAAGUUGAGAUAAAAGAGGAACCACCAGAAGUUGUGGAAAUUAGUAGUGAGGAUGAAAAACCGAAGGCAGAGAGUCUAACUGCUAAACCUUCAUCACCGAGCAUAAAUACUACAUGUCCAAUCGAAAAUUCAGCUAGUGUGAAAAGAAUAAAUAAUUUAGUAAUAACAGUACCACAGACAAAACCUUCACGGAAAAUCAAAUUGAAUAGGAAUAAAUUAGUACAUAUUUCUACGAACAGUAAUAUAGUAGACAAGGAAAAAGAAAAGAAUUAUACUUAUAAUGUCUGUAACCAAACAGCUAUUCCUAAGGCUCCUGUUGAAGCAUUAUCUGUACAAAUUUCUAACGAAGAAGAACCUAAGCCAGAACAAAGUCAAAUUCAAGGUAAAGUUAAGAAGAAGCAAAAGAAGAAAUCGAAAAAAAAUGAGAAAGAUGGAAGCGACCAUGAUGAAAUAAUGUUACAACUUUCGGACACAGAAAAAAUGGAUCUUCUUGAAAACUUCAAUAGGGAGGACUAUGAUAAUUUCACUAGUUCUAGUUCAAAAGAUUCUGAAAGUAGUUCUGAGAAUGAAUCUGUAAAAGACAUUCCGAAUAAAAAUAAAGAAAUCGAUAAGAAUAAUACGGACAACACAAAAACUACUGAAACACUUUUAGAUACUACAAGAACGUCAGAAAAUAUUAACGUAUCAGAUGACACUAGUAUUAAAGAAAUAAACCAUUCAAUAGAAAUCCAAGAAAAACAAUUGCAAACUAAUGAUGUUAAGAAAAACAUUGAACAAGAAGACUGUAGUCCUCAAAUAAACAAUGCUGAUAAUAUUAAUGAAAAUGUCAUAAUUUUGUCUAAUAAAGAUAACCUAACAAACGAUUGUAAUUCAGAAGAAACCACCAAAGUUAUUAUAAAUGGCGAUAUAGAUAAGGCAAUACCUCAGCAAAACGAAGAAAAUAUAAAUGAAAAUAUAAAUUUAGUCAAUGCUCAAGAAAAUAAUAAUGAAGAACAACUCGAAGAAGGCGAAAUACUGAGCAAGACAGAAGAUGUAAACGAAAAAUUAUCUGAUGGUGAAAUUUCCGAUAAAAUUUGUUCAAAAAUGGAUCAUUACGAUGGAUCCAGUAAAGUAGUUUAUAUAUCAGAUGAAGAAACUGCCAAUGAUAGCAAAACUAUAAAAAACAAAAAGAAAGAAAAGAAAUCGAAGAAGCAAAAAAAGUCAAAGAAAAAGGAUUUUCGUGAAAGCGGCGAUCAGAACUUCUUUGAAAAUAAUAAAUCUAAAAUUAAAAAUUUAGAACCAGAAAAAAUAAACGUUGACAAACAAGGCACAGAAACGAAAAUUGAGGAAAAAUCUGUUAACGUACUUACAAUAGACGACGAUGAUGAUGUUGAUGAUAUAUUUGAAAUUUUGGAACUAUCCGAUGAUUCGUCACAUUCUGAAAUAGAAGGAGAUUCCGUUUUAUCAAAGGAGCCAACAACUGCAGAAAUAGCGGCACUCUCUGCUAAAAUUGACGAAAUACACAACGAAGACAUUGUGACUAAGAAAAAAGAGACAAGUGAGUCAACAGAAGGACUCAAUGAAGAAGAAAACAUAUCGUGGCGAGAUAGAUACUUAGAUAGCAAGAAAGUAAAAAGGGUUUUAACAACAUCUAACAUCCUGAAUGCUCUAAGGAAGAAAAAUAAGGAUAUUAAGAAAAUGUUAGAAGCAACUAAAAAUAUUACCGAAGAUAUAAGCCCUAAAGUAUGUGAAUCAGAUGUUGUCGUUGAAGGCUCUAUUGAACAUUUCAAUACGUUAGAAGCGUCUACCAAGUAUGUAGAUCCAAUAGCGACGGAUAAAGAAGAAAAGGAGCAUGUUGAAGGAAAUACUGACAACAAAGUAGUAAGUAAAGAAAUGGAAAAAAAUGCUAAGCUCUUAUUGAAAAUGUAUAAAAAGUUACUAAAGUAUAAUGAUAUAAACAAGCAGAAAGAUCCCAAUAAAAAGAAGAAGAAGAAGCAAAAGAAGAAUAAGGAUAAGGAAAAAGUGAAGUCCACAGGUGUUGUCGCAUAAUGUACGUAGAUAAUUGUUUAGUAUUUUAAAGAUAUAAAAUACGUAUAAAAUAAUAAUAA